AUGCUGGACCAAAUGGCCAACGAGAUUAAGCUUAUUUCGGGCACAUCCCACCCGCAGCUCAGCCAGCAGGUGGCCAAGCGCCUUGGCAUUGAGAUUGCCAACACCAUGAGUCUCAACUACUCCAACCAAGAAACCAGUGUUUCGAUUGGUGAGUCGGUACGAGACGAGGAUGUCUUCAUUCUGCAGUCGACGGCUCCCGGCGACGUCAAUGACGGGCUUAUGGAGCUUCUCAUCAUGAUUCACGCCUGCCGCACCGCCUCGGCCCGCCGCAUCACGGCUGUCAUUCCCAACUUUCCCUACGCGCGCCAGGACAAGAAGGACAAAUCGCGCGCGCCCAUCAGUGCCAAGCUGAUUGCCAACAUGCUGCAAGUGUCUGGCUGCAACCACGUCAUCACAAUGGAUCUCCACGCCUCGCAGAUCCAGGGCUUCUUCAACGUCCCCGUGGACAACCUGUACGCCGAGCCGUCGGUGCUGCGUUGGAUCAGCGAGAACCUGCAGGUUGACAACUGCGUCAUUGUGUCGCCUGAUGCGGGUGGCGCGAAGCGCGCCACCUCGAUUGCUGACCGUCUCAACACGGCCUUUGCCCUGAUCCACAAGGAGCGUCCACGCCCCAACGUCGUCGGCCGCAUGGUCCUCGUUGGUGAUGUCGAGGACAAGACCGCCAUUCUCGUCGACGACAUGGCCGAUACCUGCGGAACUCUGGCCAAGGCUGCUGCCACUCUCAACGAGCAUGGCGCCAAGGAAGUCUACGCCAUUGUCACUCACGGCAUUCUGAGCGGCAAGGCCAUCGAAAUUAUCAACCAGUCUUGCCUUUCAGGCGUUGUCGUGACUAACACUGUCCCUCUCGGCGACAAGGCGGAGCGCUGUCCGAAGCUCAAGGUUAUUGACGUUUCUGGCACUCUUGCCGAGGCCAUCCGCCGAACUCACAACGGCGAGUCCGUCUCGUACCUGUUCAACAACGCCCCCGUCUAG